AUGCCUCCAUCAAACAUGAGGGCCCUACGUAUCUUCCAACGAACACGGCCAUUGACAAACCCUCUACCCAUUUGCAGAACCUGUCGCCAAAUGGCUUCAUCUGCAUCCUCCCAACGGAGCUUUCCCGCGUGGUUUGUCCGCGGCGGCACAUCAAACGGCCUCGUAAUCCGCCGUGAUGAUCUCCCUCCCGAAACUCAAUGGCAAUCAAUUCUCCCAGCGGCAAUGGGGUCACCGGACCCAGACUUUGGCCGGCAGCUCAACGGCAUGGGUUCUGGUUUAUCGUCUACGUCCAAGAUUGUCAUUCUUGGCGCGCCAUCGCGAGACGACGUGGAUGUAGACUUUACUUUUGUGCAGGUCGGUAUCCGCGAUGGUGUUCUAGACAUGGCUGGGAAUUGUGGCAACAUGUCGUCCAUAGUUGGGCCUGCGGCUUGGGAUCAAGGUUUCAUCAAUUCCGACAAAGCAUCAUUGGAGACGGACGGGGACGGACAACAAUGGGCUACGGUCCGGAUAUUCAACACCAACACAUCCAAGGUUAUGGUUUCGCGGUUCAAAGUAUCUGGUAGUCCACCCAGAUACAGCCACCAGGGAGACUAUGUCAUGGACGGUGUACCAGGCACAAAUUCCAUGAUCACGAUGAGUUUCAUGGAUCCAGCGGGCGCAAAGACUGGCAAAGCGCUGCCCACUGGAAAUUCUGUUGAUACUCUUGACCUACCAGAUGGUACGAGCAUACAAGCGUCCCUUGUUGACGUUGGCAACCCCGGUGUCUUUGUAUCUACUCACAGCCUUGGUCUCGACGAAGUCACUGCGUCGGCACUCACACCACCGAUUGUCGAGGACAACAAGGAACUCAAAGCUCGUCUCGAACAGAUCCGACGCGCUGGAACGUCGAAAAUGGGAUUAGACCCCAACGUGGAAAGUGUACCGAAAAUUGUUCUCCUCUUCCCGGGACGCGAUACCCCAGAUGGCGUCGACAUUCGGUGUCUCGCCAUGUCCAUGGGUCAGGCCCACAAAGCUGUACCGUUGACACUGGCGCUCUGCUUAGGAGCUUCAGCCCGAAUCCCUGGCACGCUUGCCGCUGAUUUGGUAGCUGCUAGAGCUGCUGUGAAAGAGCAUGCUGUCACUAUUGCGCAUCCUAGUGGGAAAUUGGAUGUUGGUACGGAGAUGAAUGACGGGGAGAUUUUGUCGGCAAAGUUGCUGCGCACGGCGAGGGUUAUGAUGAAAGGUGAUGUGUACUAUUAG